AUACCGCAUAACAUGAUGGAGUUUAUUGAAGAGGAGAACAAUGAUAAUACAUGCCAUGAGUGUGGAAAGAGCUUCACAAGUAAAAGAAACCUAGAAGAACACUUGAGAGUUCACACCGGAGAGAAAGCGUUCACAUGUCCUCAGUGUGGAAAGAGUUUCUCACGUAAAGGAGUCUUUCUGAUUCACAUACGCAUCCACACCGGAGAGAAGCCGUUUGCGUGUCAGCAGUGCGGAAAGACUUUCACGAGUCGAGGAACCCUUAACACUCACCUAAGGGUUCACAGUAAUAAGAAACCAUUCAAGUGCCCCGAGUGUGAAAAGAGCUUCAGACGUAAAGACCACUUCAAUUGUCACAUGAGGGUUCACACUGGAGAAAAUCCAUUCUCUUGUCCUCAUUGUGGAAAGUAUUUUUUAACUAAAGGCAACCUUGAUAGUCACAUACGCAUCCACACCGGAGAGAAGCCGUUCACAUGUGAUCAGUGCGGGAAGAGUUACAAAUGGUCAAAUAGUCUCAGAAUUCAUAAGCGCUUUCACUCCGGAGAAAAGCCAUUUAAGUGUGAUCAGUGCGAUAAGAGGUUUGUUCUGGAAUCAGACCUGAAGGCCCACAUGAAAACGCACACUAAAGAGAAGCCUUACUUGUGUUGUGUUUGUGGGAAGAGUUUUGCAUGGCUGAUCCGUUUUAAAGACCAUCUGAAAAUACACUCUGGUGUGAACGAGCAUUGCACUGAUGCACAGAAAGAAGCACUGCCCAAAAUUAAAGUCCAUGUGAGAAAUAAGAGCUCAACGGUUAAUGAGCGCUGA